ACAUUUUGAGGCCAAUGUGCUGAAGUUUUCCGGGUCUUAGUUAGGGAAAGAGGACGAAACAUCCACGUUUUCAACGCCCAUAUCUCGUUAUAUGGGUCAUAUAACUGGAUUUUGUCGAGCUAUGUUUUGCUAAUCGACAGCGUUCACUGCUGCAUAACACAAAAACAAACGCGUAAUUUGCGCUUCAUUUAGGGAGAGAAAGGUUUGUUUUUACUACGUUUUUAGACCUCAUAUCGCAUGUUAAUGGUGAUUAAUAUAUUGAUACCACGAUGGCAGUGAAGGCUCAGGUAUUAUAUGACUUCAUUGCUGAGCCUGGCAACAAUGAGCUGACUGUUCAAGAAGGUGAAACGCUUACCAUCACUAACCAGAAUGUAGGCGGUGGCUGGGUAGAGGCUCAGAAUUCCAGAGGAAAUAUAGGCCUGGUGCCAGUGGACUAUAUUGAGGUAAACUCUGCUUCCACACAAGCACCAGCGACACAAUACAUUGAUGCCCGCAGUCAAGGCAACAACAACAGUACGGCGAAUACUCAGGGGGUUAAUGGAAAUGAGGCUUGGACUGCCACAACAUGGUCUAACAGCUACCCUGCAGACAACUGGAAUUACACUGAACAGGAACCAGCAGGCAAUAAUGGUUCUGUGUAUUCCUUCGAUGAGGAAUGGGAUGAUGAUUCUGAUGAUGGAAAGUCGACUGAUGGUUAUGGAGGCUCGCAGGCGGAAGAUGGGGGAACCAUGCAACGGAGUGGAGGUCACUCCACAAUGAAAUUAUCUCUCAACAAGUUUCCAGGGUUUUCCAAGACCCCAAACCCAGAAGUGUAUCUCCUUACCAAGCAUGUAACUAAAGGAAAUGACAGACUGUCUGUUUAUCCAGGCGAGGUUGGUCCAGUAUGGUUAUAUCCACAAACACAGUUAGAUUGUGUAGUGGCUGAUCCCAAAAAGGGCUCAAAAAUGUAUGGCCUGAAGAGCUACAUUGAAUACCAGAUCACACCUAAUACUACAAACAGACCGGUCAAUCACAGAUACAAACACUUUGAUUGGUUAUAUGAGAGGCUUGUGGAGAAGUUUGCCUGUGCUUUGCCAGUCCCAGGUCUGCCCGACAAACAGGUUACAGGCCGAUUUGAAGAGGAAUUUAUCAAAAUGCGCAUGGAGCGCCUGCAGGGCUGGAUGUCCCGGAUGUGCCGACAUCCUGUAAUCUCAAACAGCGAAGUUUUUCAGCUGUUCCUUAACUACAGAGACGAGAAGGAGUGGAAACUAGGGAAGCGGAAAGCGGAGAAAGAUGAAACAGUGGGAGUGAAAAUCUUCUCUACCAUUGAUCCAGAGCUCCCAGAGUUAGAUCCUGCUCAAGUGGAGCAGAAGUAUGAAGUGUACAAUCAGUUUACCAGAUCUAUGGACAACAGUGUUAAAGAAUUGCUGGCAGUUGGGAAUCUUCACUGGAAAAGGUGUACAGGCCCAUUGCAAAAGGAGUAUCGGCAGAUCGGAAAAGCAUUUCAGAACUUGUCAUCAGUUUUCAACAGCAGCGGAUACCCGAGGGAAUCAACUCUGACAGAAGCAUUAACUGCAACAGGGAAAACGUAUGAGGAAAUAGCGGAAGUCAUUGCAGCUCAGCCAAAGAAAGAUCUUCAUUUCCUGUUGGAAACAAACACCGAAUACAAGGGACUACUGGGCUGCUUCCCUGACACAGUAGGAGUUCACAAGGCUGCCAUUGAUAAAGUAAAAGAAGCUGAUCAUUUGGUGACGACGAACAAGAUCAGCCAGCAAGACAAACACACAAUGGAAAAAAACCUCAGCACCAUGUCUUACGCAUUACAAGCGGAGAUGAAUCACUUUCACAGCAACCGCAUCUAUGACUACAACAGACUCAUGCAGUUCUACCUGGAGGAGCAGGUCAAGUUCUACGAAACGAUUGCAGAAAAGCUGAAGAAAGCACUCGGUCAGUACACCACCAUAUGAGGACACACUCAAAACAGCAAUACUCAUCAAACUGUCAUGGGAACAUCAAAAAAACUGAUGCUGCUUUUGCUUUUUUAACAUUAAUUCAGAAUUAACCAUCUUGUUUCCACUUAAAUGUAUUAAAGCUUUGUGAAAUAUAGGAAAUAUAGGUUAUAAGGGAACAAACUAUGUAAGAUUCUAUUUACUAACCAAUUAUUUUGGUCACAGAAAGGAGAUUUUAUCAGUUGUAUCUGUUACUUAAGCGAAUGAAACACACUCCCGAUAGUAAGACAUGUCGUUUUCUCUGUGCAAAUCGAGGUCUCUCAGGGAUGCGUUCACUCAGACUGGGCCUUCUAUACCAAAAUGGAGUUAAUUAACGUCUUAAUUGCAUUUUCAGACGUGAUUUUAUUGACUUGUAAUAUGUGAAAUAAUAUGUGAAAUCUGCAGAGUCAUGCGAUUAGGAUGGCAAAACUCAGAAGGCUGGUUCCCUUAAAGCAGUGUUUCUCAACCACGCUCCUAGAGACCCACCAACACUGCAUGUUUUGGAUGUCUCCUUUGUCUGUCACCCAUUACAGGUCUUUCAGUCUCUGCUAAUGAGCUGAUGAUCUGAAUCAGGUGUGUUUGGUUAAGGAGACAUGGAAUAUGUGCAGAGCUGGUGGUCCUCCAGGAACGUGGUUGAGAAACACUGCCUUAAAGGGAUAGUUUACCCAAAAAUUAAAAUUCUGUAAUCAUUUACUCAUCCUUUUUCAAAACCUGUUUGAGUUUCCAGUGAACACAAGGGAAUAUAUUCUGAAGAAUGUUGGGGGGAAAAACAGCUAUUGUUUUCAAUUGUAUUUUUUUUUUUUUGUUCCUGCUAUGGCUGUCAAUGGCCACAACAGUUUUUAGAAUAAUUUGUUUUGUGUUCAACAGAAGAAAGAAGUUGAUAAAAGUUUAGAACCACUUCAGUGUGAAUAAAUGGUAAGGAAAUUGCCUUUUUUGGGGUGAACUAUUCCUUCAAUAUAUCCUGUGGGUUUUUAUUAUUUUUAUUUAUAUGUGAAAUAAGGUCUGUGGUUAGCAUAACUUGACGAUACUUGGACAUUUUGUGGUGUACUAGUGCGAACUGCACAUGCGCACACUGAAGGUUUUAAUCUAGCUUUCUGGUAGCAAGGUAGUUUUAAAAAUAAACAACUGUUUUAGUCUGUGCUAUUUUCAAGUUUUGAUUAUCACACAACGUUUGCUCAACUAACAUUUUGCCAUUAAGUUGCUCACUCUCAGGCCAUCUGAAAUGUAGAUGAUCAUCACUACAUUGCAUCAGCUGCUGGCACUUUGAGUAAAUAACAAAGCAUACAGGCAACAAAGUUAAUAGCUCUGAUUCCUGAUAAUACAUUGAGGUCAUUAAGGAAGUGCUAAAGAUUGAGUUUGUCCUGCCUAAACAUUAUUUGAAUGCUAAACCUAAGGUUAACAAACAAUCUAGACUUGCUUUUCUAAUGCUAGAUUAAAGGUAAUGCUGUAAAUAAUAUUGAGUUUUGUUCACAGACUGACUGUUUUACUUCAUUAAGGCCUCAGUGUAUUGUCAGGAGUCAUUUUAUUUUGUCUGUUUAUGUUUAGUUUUCUUUUUGUUUAACUAUUAAAGUGCCAGGAUCACAAAGGGCCACAAUUGUGGCUACACUGCAAAAAAUGCUUCAUGUAGAUUAUUUUUUGUCUGGUUUCUAGUCCAAAUGUCUAAAAAUUCUUAUAUCAAGAAGCAUUUUCUAGGCAAGCAAAACAUAUAGUCUUGUUUUAAGAAAUAAUACGCCAAAAUUAAGUGAGCUUUUCCUUAAAACAUGCAAACUAAUCUGCCAAUGGGGUAAGCAAAAUAAUCUUAUGUCAAAAGGAAAAACAAGAUUAUUUUGCUUAUCCUAUUGGCAGAUUAUUUAGCAUGUUUUAAGGAAAAACUCCCUUAAUUUUGAUAUAUUAUUCUCUUAAAACAAGACUAUAUGUUUUGCUUGUCUAAAAAUUGCUUCUUGAUUUAGGACUUCUUAGAUAUUUGGACUAUAAACAACAGAAAAAAUCGUUUUUUGCAGUGUAUUAAUAGCAAAUUCCAAUUAUUAUCUGAACUAUCCCUUUAAUUUACUAAUAAAGUAAAACUGAAUAAUCUUGAAGGAACCAGUUGCAAAUGAGUCUUCCAGAUUUUGAGGUCGUGACUGCAGCACUCCGUUGAAUAUGUCUGAUAUUUAGUGUUUUGUAUUGGAAAAGGUAAUCAUUUUUUUUGUUUUGUUUUGUAAAAUGUUGUAUGAAAAACAACUAGAAAUGUCCCUGUCACUGUCAGUGUAUAAAAUGUUUGUAACUAGCCCUCCGGUGUGGAAUAAAUCUUUCUUUAUACCAUUAUAA